CGAGAGCUACCCUUCACUCUCCUCACAAAAACACAAGUGCAGACGCUUAGACACUGGUCACUCAUACACAGGAGCCAAGCUUGCUCAACUCACUAGCUAGCUAGAGUGUAGUACUCCUUCCUCUCGUGAUCUCCUAAGCUAGUUUUGUUCGCGCACAAGAGCUAGCGCGGGGGUAGGGGGAGAGGAGAGGGGAGGGGAGGAGGGAAGCUAGUGUGCGGGCGAUGCAUGGCAUGUGUUAAUAACAUGUACAACCCGGAGCACCACCAGCACCAGUCGUUCAUGGCCCCGCGGAUGUCCUUCUCCAGCGACUUCGCGCUCGAGCCGCCGCCGCCGCCGCCGACCGCCCAGCGCGGGGGCGAGCCGGGGGACGCGGACUUCGAGUUCUCGGUCGGCAGCCACCCGAUGAUGGCCGCCGACCAGCUCUUCUCCAAGGGCCGCCUCCUGCCGCUCCGGGAGGCCCCGCACGGCCACGGUGCUGGCAGCGGCCGGCCCGUGACAUUGCGCGAGGAGCUGCGCGCCGACGACCGCCACGGGCGCGCCCCCCGCGCGCCCAACAUCCGGUGGAAGGAGCUGCUCGGCCUCAAGAAGGCGCCGAAGAAGGCCGCCGCCGCCGACGCUGGCUCCAGCACGUCGGCGGACGCCCAUAUGGAUCUUGGAGGCCAAGGAGGCACGAAAGACUGAUCGAAGCAACAAAUUAAAUGCAACGACCAAUGUAAUGAGUGAUUGGUAGCAUGCUUAUUUGGGUGGCGAUGCGCCUUUCAGGUUCAGCUAGCUCUUCAUCAUCUGCUUGUUGAUGAUUUGGCAUCUAACUUAAUCGGCUCGAUCAGUGCUUGACUGAGGAGCUACGAAGACAUCUGCUGAGGGGCACGAAUGUUCAUUUCCUUUUACCUCUUUGCUGCUAUUGUUUUGGGUGUAAAAGGGAAUUUUGAUAAUUUGUUUUGUUGGUUGGGUCGUUCGUCGAUCGGGUAGAUGGAUGGAUGGAUGCUUUGGCGAACACAGUCAAAUUAACUCCGCUAGCUGAGUAGCUGUGCGUCACAGUUAAAAUGUAGUAUUUUUCUCCUCACAUGGUGUGGUCCUCGUACGUGUUGUUAGCUGUUCCCAUGCUUGUCUGCUUUUAGUACAGCCGCACCUCUCCCCCCUUUUACUAUGUACAAAAUGUUUGUAGCGAGCUAGUGCUUGUACUCCUAUUAGUUUGAUGAGUUGAAUGGAUCGAGGACAUUGAUUUCAACAUGCAUUCUGGUUCCAAAUGAAAAAAUUAUUCCAAUA